AUGUGCGGUUGUGUGGUGGGGGAGUGCCUUAUGUGCCUUAAUAGAACCAUCCGAUCAUCCAGAAAGCGGAUCUUCGCAAAGUUGAAAGAGUUAAUAGAGACCGAAGACUCCUUAUUCCACACACACCCGGACGUAUUGGCAAGAGAGAACGCUAAGUUGGUCCCAGUCUACGAACGCCUAUCUGCCGACCUACGAGAACGCUACCACAAGAAGCUGAAUUGGGUACUAAAAUUUCAGGUACCUAAAACUAACCAACGCCCCACGUUCCCGUUUAUCCUUUGGGACAACAUCCAACCACCUAACUUCGUUAUAGACAUACUUAGAUAUGGCCCAACCUUUGCACCCCCGCCGCCCAAAAAUGGAACCAGAGACCUCAUCCCGGACAUGGAAUACCUUUUAAAAAGCCUCCCAGACACGCAGAAGGAAUAUUACAGAUGGAUGUCCUCGAUAAAUAUCAGGAAAGCUAAGGAGCAGCAAGAAAUUAUAGAGCUCAGGGACAAGGUGAGACGUACUGCUAGAUGGAUGCGAAGGAACGGAGUAAUUCUCACCAGAGCAGAUAAGUCCAGAAUGCUAGUCCUCAUGAAACGCAGCUCAUACCAGCAAGGUUUGAGGGAAUACAUUGAUAAUACAAUGUGCGAGAAAGAAAAGGACGAUGUAAUCGACAAACUACAAGCUAAAGUUAGACACCUCGCUGACUCUAGAUUAACCAAGUGCCUGGCACUACACGACGUAAUAGUUGAUUCACCAGAUGUACCUAGACUUUUCGCCUAUGCUAAAACACAUAAGAUGGGACAACAGUUAUGCCCAAUCGUAGACAAGGUAAGGGCGCCAACACGAAAGCUUGAGAAAGCCAUACACAACCUCCUAACUCCCCAUCUGGAAAACUACCCCUACAACGUAAAUAAACCGACUGACCUCAUCCGUCUCCUACAAGAUCUACCCUCUCCACCACGAUUUAUGAUAGUCCUGGACUUCAAAUCUAUGUACUGUACCCCUCAAUAG